GAAUGGCGGAAAUAUAAAGCCACCUCAUACUUCCAGUUAGUGAUUUCUGGAUCUAGCUUUUUCUUUUCUGCUUGAAAGGAGCGCCGAGGUCAGCGUCCAGCAGAUGUCUUAAGGUGAAAGCAGUGUGCGGUUCUGAAGAAACGAUGCGGUCGAGCUGAGGUUCCUGACAGGGUUUUGUAAAGUGGAUGGACGGAUGGGCAGCCAGUGAUCCAGCUGAGAGCGUCCUGUCAUCGACAGUCUGCCAGUUUAAACACCGACAUAUGGCCCUGCCGCUCAGAUAGCUGAGGGAGACGACGAAACGACGCAAGCAUCAUGUUUCUGAAAACAUCAUUCACCACCCUGAUCGUGGGAGUGUUUGUGGUCUACGUGCUCCACACCUGCUGGGUGAUGUACGGGAUCGUCUACACCAAACCCUGCAACAACCCCAAAGGUGCCAACUGCAUCAUACCCUUCCUGGCUGGGAACCCCAAACUGCAGCUGAGUAUCUACACCUCACUGCGGCCAAAUGCAGAAGGAGGCCAUACUCUGAUCCACAAAGAGGAGAACUUUGAUGUCAGCAGCAAGUUUGAAAGGACACUCAAUGUUUCCCUUCCUAAGAAAACUCGUAAUAAUGGAACUCUAUACGCACUAAUAUUUGUCCAUCAAGCUGCCUAUGAUCCAUGGCACGAUCCACGACAGGUCCACUUUGUUGCUCAGCUCACCACAUAUAUGGUCCCUAAACCACCUGAAAUCUCUCUGAUAUCUGGAGAGGCUCAAACACAGGGUCAGAAAGAAGGCGGCCAACAGAAGAAACAGCACGACGCACCAGCAAGGGGUGGAGCCAGAGAUGGAGCCACCUCUGCGUCAGACCACCCGGUUUCACACUGGCGCUCCCGCCUCACUCUCAACAUGGUCAGCGACCACUUUCUGUUCGACAGAGAAUACCUCCCAAGUGAUGUCCACAGAUACCUCAGAGUGUUUCAGAAUGGGAAGAAGAUGGUGUAUCUACCUCUGCUGUUUGUUGAUCAGCUCAGCAACCGGGUCAAGGACCUCGUGGAGAUCAACAGUACCACUACAGAGCUUCCUCUGAUCAUCUCCUACGACUCAAUCUCUCUGGGCAGACUUCGAUUCUGGAUCCACAUGCAAGAUGCUGUUUACUCUCUGCAGCAGUUGGGGUUCACAGAGAAGGAUGCUGAUGAGAUUAAAGGGAUUUUUGUGGAUACCAACCUGUAUUUCCUGGCCCUCACCUUCUUUGUUGCUGCCUUUCAUCUCCUCUUUGACUUCCUGGCCUUCAAAAAUGACAUCAGCUUCUGGAAGCAGAAGAAAAGUAUGGUGGGAAUGUCCAGCAAAGCAGUGCUGUGGCGAUGCUUCAGUACCAUAGUGAUUUUCCUCUAUUUGUUUGACGAGCAGACCAGUCUGCUUGUCCUCAUACCUGCAGGAAUUGGCUCUAUGAUUGAAGUCUGGAAAGUGAAAAAGGCCUUUAAGAUUCAGGUUUUCUGGAAAGGAGGCAAACCCACAUUUGUGUUUGGGAAAUUAGAUGAAUCUGAGAGGAGAACGGAAGAAUAUGAUACCCUGGGCAUGAAGUAUCUCUCAUACCUCCUGUACCCACUGUGUAUUGGAGGGGCUGUCUAUGCGCUAAUAUUUUUACGAUAUAAGAGUUGGUACUCAUGGUUGAUUAACAGCUUGGUGAAUGGUGUUUAUGCAUUUGGUUUCCUCUUCAUGCUUCCUCAGCUAUUUGUCAACUAUAAGCUGAAAUCUGUGGCCCACUUGCCCUGGAAGGCCUUCAUGUAUAAGGCAUUCAACACCUUCAUCGACGACGUGUUUGCCUUCAUCAUCACCAUGCCAACGUCUCACAGACUGGCCUGUUUCAGAGAUGAUGUGGUGUUUCUCAUCUACCUUUACCAGAGAUGGCUCUACCCAGUGGACAAAACGAGAGUAAAUGAAUAUGGAGUGUCUUAUGAUGAAAAACCAAAAGGGAAGACUCAGUAGACUACAAAGAAAAGAUGAGCAGUUGACUCCUGUGAUCUGGAAUCUGUGGGUACUGUCUUGUUUCCUCAGUGAUCAGAUCUAUGAGCUAAAUCUCUGACCCUCUUCAGACUGACCUAACAACUGGCAAAAAAUCUACUUGUAAUGUAAUUGGUGUGAACUGCUUGAAACCUGCUCAUGACCUGAGUUUACAACCGUUCAGGCAGACGCUCGAGUCUAACACGGCGGAGCACACACCGACUACAGAAGCUGUUGGUGGCAACUUUGAGCUUUCUCUGCAAUUAAUUCUGCAAUUAAAUUUGUUUUUUGUUUGUUUUGGGGUUUUUUUUUUUUUUUUUUUUUUUUUUUUCCUUUUAUUUUCCUUUUUUGUUUUGAUGGUUUAAAGAGCCAGUCACAUUUGUUGUCUGCUGGAACAGCUCCAUCCUGUGGUAUCACUUUAGGUGCCAGCUUGGCUGUCUACAAAUGCUCAUUUUUGUUUAGCUAAGCUGCAGUUUAAGCUGGAGCCACCUCAUGAGAACCACCAUAAAUGUUGUAUUCUGAGUUUUUUAAAUGCACAAAGGGAUCUUUUAUAAUUUUGAAAGAUGGUACAUUGAUGUUUUGAAAAAGUCUGGCUCAGCCUGCUCUGAGAGCUGAUAAAUGAAGUAUAUGAUGUGCAGAGCGAGAGCGGAGAGCUUUAUGCACUAAGACAUAAUCCAGUUGCUUGUUGUAUACCUACCAGAUAAGACGGCUGUCAAGUAAAAUCAAGAUAGCUGUGUGGCAGCAGGGAUACAAAUACUGUGCUAUGACAAAAAAGGGACUUUGGCAAAGAUGAAGCAUUCUGACAGCUCCAUAAUAUUAUUCCAGAAGCUCUCAGAAAAAUCAGGCUGUAGUCAUAAUUAUAGCUUCUAUGCUUAAGUGGCCACUAUCUCUAAAAUUGUAAACUGGCAUUUAUGGUAAUUGGAAUAUAACAUGAAAGCUGCAAUAAGCAAAGGUAAGCCAUACAGAAACUUCCAUGAAUGCAUUGUUAGCUCAGUUAAAUAUGUUGUUAUAUGAAAUUAUCCUAAUUAUGUUUCAGCAUUUCUCACUAACUUAACAAUCUGGCCCUUUUUUUUAAAAGUUUGAUUUUUUUUGUAUAAAAUUGUAGCCAGAACAUAGACAAAGUUGGCAUUGGCCAAUUCAGGGACAAAGAAUGAUCAUAUUUAAUGCUAUAGUCACACUGGGGAAAACACUGGCUUGAGAUUGCAGCACGACCAAAAUUAUUGCGACCGUGUGCAAUGAACUUGUGAUCUUGUUGCCUUUUGAAAUGGUUGCUUAACAUGGGGACCAGGGUUGCAGUCAGUUGCUGUCUUCAAAGCGAUUGUGGUGCAUCAGGAUGGCAAUGAUUCGGCAAUAAUAGUUAGUUUGUGAUUGAAUGGGGUCAAGUUAGCAAUUUACAUGUGAUAAUACAGUGAUUCAUUUGGAUAAGUCUGUGAAAAUCACAAAUCUUUUACAGUCUACAUGCACAAAAGGUUACAUUAACUACUUGCAUUCAGCAUCCCUUAGAUGUGUCACAGAUGAGUUAUGGUCAUCGGUGCAGUUUGACCUGUUGGCAGUCUGUCUGCAUCUAUAAAUUAGACGGCAAUUAUUUGCAAAGCUUCACCAAUCUGAGAGUGAUUCCAGUCAGUGCAAGUUGGACCGGGAUUGUUUGGAGAUGGUUUGCCUCCCACCAGGUGACGUGUGCAAUCGCCUUGUAAUCAAAAAUUGCCCACCCAGUGGUUGAGGCCUUUUUAUGUCAACUUCUGAGCAACCAGUUGGUCACAACAAUUACUUGAAGUCAGUUGGUGAAUACAAAAAAAAAAAAAAAAAAAAAAAAAAAA